GAGGCGGGAACAGGGAGCUCCGGGAAGAAGGACGGGAGACCUCAAUGGGCCCGUCUUGGUUGGUUCGUUUCAGCUUACAAGUCUUCAUUUUCAAACAUAGCACCUUUGGUUUAAUCCUAUUUUGUCGGAAAUAGGCCAUAAGAGGAUUUUGAAUCCUGAGUGUCAUGAGUGUGUUCUAAUUUUAGAACCGACUGCAUGGACAUGUUCUAUAUUGGUGCAACUCAUUUAGUAUUUGUUUUACUAGAUAUGAUGGAUUUUCAUCAUGUCAGGGCCCAAGAGCAAACUUUGGGUGAUGGCUGUAGUUAUUCCUCUAAUGGCGGUACUUAUCUGCUUCAUUUUUUGCUUUGGAUGGAAUAGAAGACACAAAAAAGGUAAUUGGAGCUUAAAGGAUACAUUGAAAGUGAAUGUGCACCAAGAUGAAGAACUGGAAUUGGGAAUAGAAGAGAGCAAUUCAGUAUUCACGUUUUUCAACUUUUCUCAAAUUUUGGAAGCUACAAAAAACUUCUCAGUAGAAAAUAAGCUUGGUCAAGGUGGCCUUGGUCCUGUAUACAAGGGUCAGUUUCCUGAUGGAUUGGAGAUAGCAGUUAAGAGACUUGCUUCACAUUCUGGACAAGGUUACAGCGAGUUCAAAAAUGAAGUCCGACUGAUUGCCAAACUCCAGCACAGAAAUCUCGUUAGGCUCUUGGGAUGUUGCACUCAAGGAGAAGAGAAAAUGCUGGUCUAUGAAUAUUUGCCAAAUAAAAGCUUGGAUUUCUUUAUCUUUGAUGAAACAAGAAGAACCUUACUUGGCUGGAAUAAACGGCUAAUGAUUAUUGAAGGAACAGCACAAGGGCUUCUAUAUUUGCAUAAACACUCUAGAUUACGCAUUAUACAUAGAGAUGUAAAAGCAAGCAACAUUCUCUUGGACUCAGAGAUGAAUCCUAAAAUUUCAGAUUUUGGCCUUGCAAAAAUGUUUAGCUCAAAUGACACAGAAGGAAACACAAAAAGGGUGGUUGGAACAUAUGGUUACAUGGCCCCAGAAUAUGCUUCUGAAGGUCUCUACUCAAUAAAAUCUGACGUAUUCAGCUUUGGCGUGUUAAUUCUUGAGAUCAUCACUGGAAAAAGAAAUUCAGGUUUCCAUCAACACGGAGACUUCUUGAACCUUCUUGGAUACGCAUGGCAGUUGUGGUGUGAGGGAACGUGGCUUGAACUCGUGGAUGCAUCAUUAGUUGCUGACAGUCAUCAAACACUAGAAAUGAUGAGAUGCAUAAACAUCGCGCUGCUGUCUGUGCAAGAGAAUGCAGCUGACAGGCCAACCAUGUCAGAUGUGGUUGCGAUGCUAAGCAGCACAAGCAUGGUCCUGCCUGAGCCUAAACACCCAGCAUAUUUCCAUGUAAGGAUGGCCAAGGAAGAGGCGUUGGCAUCUGCAGAGCCAUGUAGUGCUAAUGAUGUGACUAUAUCUAGACCACAAGGUAGAUAAUAGUUCCUUUCUUUCAGAUGUGAUGUUUCAGCAUGAUGACUACUUUUGAGAUUACUUGUGACAGCAGCUGUGAGAAUCUAAUUCAACUUUGGACUAUGUAUGUUGAAUGCCAUCCCUUUCAUACAAGUUUGGAUCAGAGAAAUGUUGCUAUAA